AUGCCACCGCAAACGCGUUCCGGUGGUGUCGUACCCUCUAUUGAGGGCGACCUCCUGCCAGCAGCAAAGAGGAUCAAGUUAACUCCAGCCAUGAAAGAUAUGAGCGCCUUGCGUCAGCCUACAGCUAGUUCACAUCGAGCUGCUGUUGUCCCAACCUCCCGGGCGACGUCCCGUGCCGUGGCAACGCCUCAACCAAUGCGACGACCAAUGCGACGAACACCAGCCCAAAAGCCACUGACAGUUGUCAAAACCCUUGUCAGUCAGAAAUAUAGCAUUGAGGUAGUCAAAAUCGCGCUUACGGCCACAGUAAGUUUUCCGCGAUUUUGUUCAAGGCAUUAUUAUGUUGUGUACGGCGGUGCUAACUAAGCUACAGAUUUCAACUAUCGCAUGGGCCAGGUUUGUACUAUGGUAACAACAAAUCGCAACCAAAAGCUUACUUUCUAUAGGAAGAUCUUUGGCCGCGACGACUUCUAUUACGAUAGUAGAACGAUUGAUAUUAACUCAUCCGAUUUGUCAUACGAGAACUUUAAGAAUGGCCGUGUCUUGCCUGCGAUGGUACCUAGAACCGACAGCAUGAGAGACCUUUUUUACUUGAAGCCCGACAGUCACAAGGCAAGUGAGAAGCUACUAACUUGGCUAGUGAGUAUCCGCAACCCCGUUCUAGGCUUUUAUCUAACAAGAGCAGGAGGGUAGUGUUGCAGAGGCGUUGGAAGCGGGAUACCUCAAAGCUAUUCAGCUAAACUUCCACGCUCCGGGGGGACGCUCAACCCCAUCUAAUAUUCUCGAGAAAUACCAGAUUCUGAUUAAGCACUCUCCGGGAGCCAUUGGCUGGCAAAUCAACACCGAAGUGCUGGGAGCUUCACAGUCGUCAGAAAUGGCUACGGACUUAGUAAACCUACAACUCGUAGAACUUGCCUCGGAUAUUCGAAAGCGUGUAGAGUUUGAAGUUGCCCCUUUCCCUAUCCCUAAAGGUCAGUUGCUAUCGUAUAUCCUAAAGGUUUUCCGCUUCUAACUCUGUCCGCAGGAACUACAAUGACGCUAGAUAUGUGGUUGAAUGAAAAGGCGCCUGUCGGAUACCAGCUUCCAGGAUUCAUCGACAACAAUUCCGAGUUCAUACCACAACUCGACGGUCAUGAAUCUUACCCAACAAUAAGGACGCCAUUUCAUUCGUACGUAUCACACUUAGAACUUUGCUACGACUACUGACCAAAAAGACUAUCUGUCUAUCUUCUAAACAGAAGCCAGGCUAGUGUUGACAGAACGGUAGCGAUUCGUAACCCGCCUCCUAAAACUAAUCAGAAAAGUGUUCCCAGCUACCCUCAAACACCACGCGCGGAUUCGUCCACGUCGAGCAUCGAUCUAUUGUCCACAGGUCACUAUUCUGGUAACGAUUUUGGUGACGAUGUUAGAGCACAAGGUAAUAACGUCGAAAUUUCUGCUUCCAUAGUAAGGCAUAUUAUAUACAGAUUAUUCAGCAUUUAAUACUAACUAUGCACAAGGGCACACCAGCUUUCAGAUCAAAGGUCAAUUUGAACAGAGAUACCCAGCUUCUCGAUUCAUCGCGGGCCCUAUCACAACUCGGUGGACGUGCAGGAAGCGUUACCUCAACCGAAGGCUCUCCUAGCCAAAACUCUCCUGGUCCAGCUGAGUUGCUCAGACAGCGGGUCACUAGAGUUUAUCUCACACCACACGUUGAUCCUGUAGGAAGCAUAACCUCAACCGAAGACACUCCUAGCCUAAAAUCUCCUGGCUCAGCUGAGGUGCUCAGAGAGCGAUUCACUAGGGAUUUUCAAGCACCGCAUGUUGAGCUUGCAAGAAACUUCACUAUACUUGAAGGCACUCCCGGCCCAAACAUUCCGACUAGGAGACCAAGCUUCAGAAAGAACAGAAAGACCGCAGACCAAAAUAUGUCAUCAUGCCAGAGUCCUCAAGUGCUAUGAAAAUUGUCUUCAUAUAGUCAAUGGCUGGGGUGCAUUUGUGGGGUUUUCCAGGGUGCUUUGCUCAGAGUGCUUUGCACACUUUUAUUCAAUCAAA